GGGCGAGGCGGGGCGCCGCGGGAGCAACACUGAGACGCCAUUUUCGGCGGCGGGAGAGGCGCAGGCAGCCGAGCGGGACUGGCUGGGUCGGCUCCGCUGCCGCUGCGAGGAGGAGCCGCGGGGCUGGGCUCGGCGGCCGAGGGGACAGCGCGCGGGCGGCUGAGGAUGCUACGGGGCGGCGGCGCCCCUCGCUCGUGACUGCUGCGCCGCGCCUCACACAGCCGAGGCGGGCUCGGCGCGCGGUUGCUGCUCCGCGCGCGCGCGCCCGGCGGCGCUCCAGGUGCUGACAGCGCGAGAGAGCGCGGCCCUCAGGAGCAGGACGAAUGUAUGACAACAUGUCCACAAUGGUGUACAUAAAGGAAGACAAGUUGGAGAAGCUUACGCAGGAUGAAAUUAUUUCUAAAACAAAGCAAGUAAUUCAGGGGCUGGAAGCUUUGAAGAAUGAGCACAAUUCCAUUUUACAAAGUUUGCUGGAGACCCUGAAGUGUUUGAAGAAAGAUGAUGAAAGUAACCUGGUGGAGGAGAAAUCAAACAUGAUCCGGAAGUCACUGGAGAUGUUGGAGCUCGGCCUGAGUGAGGCACAGGUUAUGAUGGCUUUGUCAAAUCACCUGAAUGCUGUGGAGUCCGAGAAGCAGAAACUACGUGCGCAGGUUCGUCGUCUGUGCCAGGAGAAUCAGUGGCUACGGGAUGAAUUGGCCAACACGCAGCAGAAACUGCAGAAGAGCGAGCAGUCUGUGGCUCAACUGGAGGAGGAGAAGAAGCAUCUGGAGUUUAUGAAUCAGCUAAAAAAAUAUGAUGACGACAUUUCCCCAUCCGAGGACAAAGACACUGAUUCUACCAAAGAGCCUCUGGAUGACCUUUUCCCCAAUGAUGAAGACGACCCAGGGCAAGGAAUCCAGCAGCAGCACAGCAGUGCAGCCGCGGCUGCCCAGCAGGGCGGCUACGAGAUCCCCGCACGGCUGCGGACACUCCACAACCUGGUGAUCCAGUACGCCUCGCAGGGACGCUACGAGGUAGCUGUGCCCCUCUGCAAGCAGGCCCUGGAGGACCUGGAGAAGACUUCGGGACAUGACCACCCGGACGUGGCCACCAUGCUCAACAUCCUGGCCUUGGUGUACAGGGAUCAGAAUAAAUACAAAGAUGCAGCUAACCUGCUGAAUGAUGCCUUGGCUAUUCGUGAGAAAACUUUGGGCAAAGACCAUCCUGCGGUCGCGGCGACUUUGAAUAACCUUGCAGUCCUUUAUGGUAAAAGAGGAAAGUACAAAGAAGCAGAGCCGUUGUGCAAAAGAGCUCUGGAAAUCCGAGAAAAGGUUUUGGGGAAGGAUCACCCCGAUGUUGCCAAGCAGUUAAAUAACUUGGCCUUACUGUGCCAGAACCAGGGCAAGUAUGAAGAAGUAGAAUAUUAUUAUCAAAGAGCCCUCGAGAUCUACCAGACAAAACUGGGACCUGAUGACCCCAACGUGGCUAAGACAAAAAAUAACCUGGCAUCCUGCUAUCUGAAACAAGGAAAGUUCAAGCAAGCAGAAACACUGUACAAAGAGAUUCUCACUCGUGCACAUGAAAGGGAGUUUGGUUCUGUAGAUGAUGAAAAUAAACCCAUCUGGAUGCAUGCUGAAGAAAGAGAAGAAUGCAAAGGAAAGCAAAAAGAUGGAACGUCUUUUGGAGAGUAUGGCGGCUGGUACAAAGCCUGCAAAGUUGAUAGUCCAACUGUUACAACCACUCUAAAAAACCUUGGGGCACUUUACAGACGUCAAGGCAAAUUUGAAGCUGCAGAAACAUUAGAAGAAGCUGCCAUGAGGUCUCGUAAACAGGGUCUUGACAAUGUUCACAAACAGAGGGUGGCCGAAGUGCUCAAUGACCCUGAGAACAUGGAGAAGCGCAGGAGCCGUGAGAGCCUCAACGUGGACGUGGUCAAGUACGAGAGUGGCCCUGACGGAGGGGAGGAAGUGAGUAUGAGCGUAGAGUGGAACGGGGAUGGCACUGGAUCUUUAAAACGCAGUGGUUCCUUUAGCAAACUCCGGGCUUCCAUUAGACGCAGCAGUGAGAAGCUGGUUAGGAAGCUGAAGGGAGGAAGUUCACGAGAGAGUGAGCCAAAGAACCCCGGCAUGAAGCGUGCCAGCUCUCUGAAUGUCCUUAACGUGGGUGGCAAGGCUGCUGAAGAUCGCUUUCAAGAACGAAAUAAUUGUCUGGCCGACUCGCGAGCUCUGAGUGCCAGCCACACUGACCUGGCCCACUGAGGGCCGGCAGGGCUAGGGAACCUGCCUUGGGAGUGUGAGACUGCCCUGCCCUGCCACGCCCUCACCGCCCUGCCCGGAGGCGCCAGCCGCACUCCUUGGCUUCCUUUCCUAGAUAGUGACGUCCACCAACCUUGGAGGUGCCUUUUCAAAACACCCGGGCGACCUUGCCCCAGCAUUCUGUUACCCGGCCUGCAGUCUCAGUGCCAGGAGCCGCCUCGACCGCGACCCGGCCAGGCUGGCCCACAGAGGCCGAGGUGGCCUCAGCACGCUGGGGGGCGGCUCCUGCUUACGGAUGCUGUUGCAUUUCCUGCCUGCCACCUUUUUGCCAGGACCCCAAACUCUCUUUAAAUUAUAACGUUGUAAUAAGGCUAUAAAUUAAGAACCUGGAAACAUGAAGUACCCCUUUCAGAACGAGAGGCAUUUAGUGAUCUGCGGCAGUAAAGCCUGAAGUGUAGUGGACCUCCUGGUCAGUGGGCAGUGAAUCCCCUCCCAGCAGGAGCAUCUUCUGGGUCUCUGUUUCCGAGGUCCCCGGGCCUGGGGCCCCAUGCCCACCCCUUUUGAGCAGUGUUCUCUCUCCUGGAGGCCCCUGCACACGAAGCCCAUAGAGACGUGUGUUUCACUUUUUAAAAGCGUACGCUUUAUAGAAUGAGGGCGCACAGUGGACUUUGACAGGAACCUUUUCAAAUCAGUGCUGAGGCUGUAUUUCUUAGCUGUCCACAGACUAGCCCAUAGGUAAAGAGCCUACAAAACAGAUGCUGAGGUGAGCAGUGAUUCCAAAGACUGGCGCUCAGAAGCGCCACCUCCAUGCCAGCCAGCUAGGCUAUGGAACAGAGGGGCGGUCUGAAACACUGGCCAUCCCGUGGGAGGUCAGCUUGGCGCUGUCACGUAACAGGGCGGGUGAUGGCACAGCAGAGGCUCACACUUGUCACCUUCAGUCCCUGGAAGCUCCCCAUGGGGCACGGGGCCGAAGGCUGGGGACAGAGCAUCCUGGGGUUUUGUUACAAGGCUAGGCUUUAAAAUACCUUUAAAAGUUUCAUUUCAUCCUGUCUCAUGUCGCAGGACUGCUGUGUUUGUGAAAACGCAUUUGUUUCCACAAGACAAGCUCCAUGUAGUCGUCAGCGAGUGCCUGGCACAGGAGCUGCCCUGUGGAGCCAGCGUUGUCCCCAGCUGCUCACCUGUGGCCGUGGCUCCUUUUCUGAGGCUCCUGACUCAAUUCUUGCAGGUUCUGAUGGAUCAGGAGCUUACUUUCUAAAUGCUACAUAGAAGUGUUAAAGGAAAUUUGAUAGGUUCUGUAACAGUGGAUGGGAUUAAAAGAAAAAAUGUUACAUAUAUAUGGCUGGGUGGGGUGGUUCAUGCCUAUAAUCCUAUAAUCUUAGCACUCGGGAGGUUGAGGCGGGAAGAUCACUUGAGCCCAGGAGGUCAAGAACAGCUUGGGCAACACAGCGAGUCCCUGUGUCUACCAAAAAAACCCGCCAUAAAUAUAUAAAAUUUGAUGGGUUGUGAGAAGCCACCCCCUCAAGAAAGGGGGGUGUAGAGCAGCUUCCCUUGACAGGUGCCGUGGCUGCCCCCGUAGUGGGCUAUGUCUGUGCACAGGCGACAGGCAGGAGGGCUCUGGAGCUUCCCUUGUGGUGGGGGGUGCCUUCUCCCUGUGAGGAUGCUGAGCAGAGUUUGGAACCCAGACAGUUUCCCUUAGUGACAGUUCUCUGGAAAGGAGAAAGGGCAUUUAGAAGAAAUAAACACAGGGCUGAAUAUGGAGUUAAAUUUUAACCUCUUCAGACUGAUGGGUGCACACAAGGUUGUGUGGGGCCUCUGUGGAGCCUGCUCUGGCGUCCAGCCAUGGGACCUUAGGGCCGACGUGGCCUCUGCAGCACUGUGGCUGUGGGAGCAUUGUGUGUUGGGAUAAGAGAAGCCAGAGGGCCUCCCUGAAGCCAGCUCGUAAAGGAAGGUUCAUGUUUCAGAGAGGGAAGCGGCAAGGGAAUCUGAGUAUCUGAGUCCCUGAUGUUUGAACCCCCCCAACCCAGUAGAAGUGCAGUGAUUUAAGCCAUUUCCCAUCUGGCGGUCUGAAUUUUUCCCUUCAGAGGAGAGAAAUGGUAGGCCCAGCCUCCUGUGUUGUCUUUCUGGUGAGGGGACCCCCACGUGAGAGUCAGCACCUGUUUCUUCAGAGUUGCUGUCAAAAUAAUCACUGCACCCCCCACGGCAGCCGUGUGUGCAGCGCCCAGUCCCAGCCACCAUGGCAUGGGAGCGUCUGGAUCUGCGGGCGGACAGCCUAUCUCUGGGUCGUCGGCGCAGCUGUGGCAGAAACCAGGCCCUGGGGAGGUCCUGUGACAUGACUGCCUCCCUGAAGCAGCAGCAGGGUGCGGCUCGGGGGUCCUCGGAGGCUGGCGGUGCCCGCGGGUGGCACAGGGGCCCUCUCAUGGGCAGCACUUGGUCUUGUGUUUACAGUACUGGAGGAAUUCACAUUGUUAUUUUCUGGAUUAAGCUGCUAGAAAUAUCACGUAAUUAGAAAUUCAGUGUUUCGAGUAAGAUGUGUUAAACAUUGCUAAAAAUGUUACGGCUACAAUCUGUAACAGGUGUUCCAUUGUCAUAACUGUAUGGAAUUUUCUUGGAGGAUGUCAUUAGCUUCUGUUUGCACUGACUUGUGAGCUGUGUGUACACUGUGGUCAGAUUUCUGAAUACUGUAGAGCACUCACCAGCUCUGACCAUGUCUUGCUAGGGCCAGCCGGCUGCGUGUGCAGCGGGGCCAGCUGUCUUAGGGCUGAUACGUAGACGUGUGUUCUGUUGACAAUUAGUUCCCCAACGUUGUGGGGAAGAACUUAAGUGGUUUUCAAGUGUUGUAUGAUGUGGUGAGGCAGUGAGGGUCAGGGCACGUGGUCCCUGAGGAAGGGUCUUCGGGACAAGAGGGACUGUGCUCCCCAGGGCGUGGUGCCUCCCUAAGGGGAUGGUCAGUGCUCCUGGGUCGGUGCUGGCCAAGCCAGCCCUUCUGCAGACUGCUGUGGUGGGAGUUCCCUGGGACAGGGAGCCCCUCAGCCCCUUCCCUCCAGGGCAGGAACUGAGCCAGUAUGGGCGGGGCCGGCCCGGAGCUUCCAGGCGUGUUUGCUCUGUAAAUGUACCUCUGUCUUUAAGCUGUCUCAUUUUCUAGUCGCCGGCAUGUCUUGCCUAGAAAAGCAUUUGGAAUUGCUUAUGUUCAAUUACAGAAAUAAAAUGUUUUAUUUGCUGUUGUAGAA